AUGAGGGAAGACAGGACGCAGGAAAAUGUCGAAGGAGAGUCUUGUGACACCUGCAAGCCAGGAACAUUUUUCCUCGAAGAGAGCAACCCUGUAGGCUGCACCAAGUGCUUCUGUUUUGGCACUACAGACCGCUGCAACAGUGCCUUGCUUUUCCGCAGCCAGAUUGUGGAAAUGGACGGCUGGACAUCUGUCGGCCUCAACGUGCUAAAUGACUUGAUGCAUGAGGAUCUGGAAGCACCCGUGUCAUCUUCACCCAGCAGCGUAGAGGUGACUCCACCUGCAGCACUGCCCGUGGGAUCCCUACUCUAUUUUGUGGCUCCCUCACCGUACCUCGGAAACAAGGUUACAUCCUAUGGUGGAAUGCUGUCCUUCAGCCUUUCAGCCACUGUGGAUUAUGAUGUAGACUUUGGCAGUGUUAUUGGCCCGGACGUUAUCCUUACGGGCAACAACCUCACUCUGGUGCAUGAGCAUGUGGAGCAACCUGCGGCUGGUGUUCCACUGGACUUCAGCAUUAAGUUGGUUGAGGGCGAGUUCCGUCAGCUUGGUGGGCGCAAGGUUACAAGAGAACAGCUCAUGACAACAUUGGUCAACAUCGAUGGCCUGUACAUUAGGGCUUCCUAUUUCCAGCCAUCUCUACUAGUCAGGUUGAGCAAUGUAGCUCUGGACACUGCACUCUCGACGUACCUUGCUGAUGCUGCCCCAGCCUUGACUGUGGAGCAGUGCCAUUGUCCACCCAAUUACAUGGGGACGUCAUGCGAGGAAUGUGCACCCGGGUACUACCGCUCAAGAACAAGGACCGCUCCUUACUUGGGCUUCUGUGUUCCUUGCCAGUGCAACAACCAUGGUGACACUUGCGAUGUUGUCACUGGGAAAUGCUUCAACUGUCGUGACAACACCUACGGUGACCACUGUGAGAAAUGCUUGCCCGGUUACCAUGGUGACGCCACCAGAGGCAACCCUGAUGACUGCCUCAUCUGUGCCUGCCCGAUUCCAACCCCAUCAAACAACUUUGCCGAAAGCUGUGAGGUGUCUCCAAGUGGUCAAGAGAUCAGCUGCAACUGUAAAAAAGGAUACUUUGGGGCUCGAUGUGAUGUGUGUGACGCUGGCUACUUUGGUCAGCCUGACGUAAUUGGCAGCAGCUGCGAGCCGUGCCAGUGCAGUGGCAACAUUGACCCUGAAAACCCUGCCUCCUGUGACACAGUCAGUGGCGAAUGUGUGCUCUGCCUGAACAACACUUUCGGCCCAGCAUGUGAAAUCUGUGCACCUGGCUUCUAUGGUGAUGCCGUUGGGGGAAAGAAUUGCCGCAAGUGCUCAUGCGACACGUGUGGAAUGCAUUCUUGCGACGCAAGUUCAGGAACCUGCAACUGUCACGACAAUGUCAUUGGAGAGUACUGUGACCAAUGUGCUCCGAAUCACUGGGGCUUCAAGAGCUGCCAGGGUUGCCGUCCCUGUGACUGCGGCUUGGCUUCCCAGUCGAAGCAGUGUGACCUGGAAACGGGCCAGUGCCCUUGCCAGCCUGGUGCUGGAGGUCUCCGCUGUGAAACCUGCGAGCCAGGAUUUUGGCGCUACUCCACCAGUGGUUGCAUCUCGUGUAACUGUGCUGCCAAGUUCUCGGCUGGUGCUGUCUGCAACCAGCAGACGGGUCAGUGCCAGUGCUUGCCUGGAGUGAUCGGGGAGAAAUGUGACAGCUGUCCACACCGAUGGGUCUUUGUUGAGCGGCAGGGAUGCCAUGAGUGCGGCGAGUGUGUGCAUGCCCUACUGGAUGACACAGACCAGUUGGCAGAUCUCUUUGGUGACAUUCAGUUUGAGGUGAAAGAUUUGUCAGCAACAUACCUGGCCAAUCAACGGCUGCAGGUGGUCAACCAGACUGGCCAUGACCUCAAGCUUCAAUUUGAGACAUUCCAAACAGAACGUGAGGCAGAAGGUGCCAGUCCACUAGGACAGAAUGUCUCUGACUUGGAAACUUUUGGCAAUGGAGUACGCAAGAGUAUGUCGGUGAUCCUUUCUUCUGCCAAGACAAAUGACAAUGCAGCGUUUGCUACUAAGAUGGCUGCUUUACAAGAGGAAGCUGAUGUCAACAAGACCAUUAAAGAAAUGCAGGACAUUCUGUACAACCUGAUGACAUUCUCAGAAGGCCUCAGCACAUCAUCUGCUAGCAAUAUUGAGCCCAUGCUGCAAGAAGCUAAGCGCAUCACUGAGCGACUCAAUGGGACCACCUUCGUUCCCGAAUUCCGGCAGUCUGAGGAUGACCUAGCUGAGGCUCGUGAAGCCCUGGAGCAAGCACAGCAGUUCUCGCUGCCUGUGGUGCAGAACAAUGCAACGCUGGCUGAGCUCAGGCGCAGCAUGCAGCAGGACCUGGAAGACCGCCUGCACGAGUUGUCCAACCACACGGCACGUGCUAACACCAUGAUGCGCAAGGCUUCGGGGCUGCUGCACAUGGCUAAUAGCUCACCAUUCAGGGGCCUAGUUGCUCAGAGUGAAGAGCUGCAGUCCAAGGCCCAGGAGCUCUUGAGAGAAGGCGAGGAGCUGCUGCGCCAGUGCUCUGGCUUUAACUUGGAUGCAGAUAAAGCUCUUGAUGCACUGGGUGACAAUGAGCGUCGGCUGCGUGAUUCAGUGGACCAGCUCCGAGAGACCUUGGCCAAAGUGACGAAGCAGACCUACGAAGUUGAGCCAGUUGUCCGCGAUGCCGUUGAACACUCAGAACGGCUUCAAAACCAAGCUGAGGAGUGCAAGAACAUCCUAUAUGACACAAAGCAGACGUCUGCAUCAGCACUUGCCUAUGAUGAAAUAGCCAAAGCGAUUGACGAUGCCCUCAACUAUUCACGUGCUGCAAAGGCUGCUGCUGAUGAGGCUCAUUCCCUGUCUGUUGGUAUCAUCGACCGUGCUUCUGACUCUAAGGGCAACAGUGAAGGUCUCCUCGCCGAUGCAAGGGAACUGGAACGACACGUAGACUAUGAGAUGAAGCCAAGAGUAGGAGAUGCCGUUGAAAAGCUUGCAGCCAUAGAACUUCAUAACAAGAUGAAUGCCAAAGACUUGCAAGACUUGGCACGAGACAUGGACAAUUUGCAGACAACCGAAGGCAACGAAGCUCUGCUGGCCUCAGUGACGGCUGUACGUACAGCAGCUGACCAAGUGCAGGAAACCGCAGACAAGGUUGAUGCCAUCCUGCAGCGACUUCCAGGUGAAAACACGCAUGCUCAGGCACUCUCCAGCGACAACGUAGGCUACCAGCAGGCGCUGCUGGCUGCCAGCAGCUACAUUGACCGUGUCGUGGCUCCUGAGCCAGACUUGGGUCGGCUUGCCAACCGGCUGCUCCAACGGCACAAGGCCAUGAAGGACCAUGCCAUGGACAUCCAGAAGCAACUGGAAGAAUUGCGUCGCAAGGUGGCCCUUGCCAAGGAUGAAGCUAACAGGGUGAAGAUUGGCAUGGCAUUCAACGGCAACGAGUGGGUCCGGCUAAAGAAUCCUGAAAAUUUGCAAGAGGCAGCAACAUACACUCACCUGUCUCUGCACGUCAAGACAGACAGGCCUGAUGGCACGCUCUUUUACCUUGGAAAUGGUCAAAGCUCUCAGCCAAGAGCGAAACGUUCUCGUGAGGGUGAUUUCAUGGGCCUGGUAUUGAGAGAUGGCUACCCUGUGCUUCUUAUCAACCUCGGCGAUGGAAUAGAAGAGAUUCGGAAUGAUAAAUAUGUUGCUGACAACAAUUGGCACCAGAUUGUUAUUGACAGGACUGGCAAGACAGUCAAUCUUGAAGUGCGCACAGAAGGUGAACCUGACAGCAUAAAGACCAAGUAUCUCCAAGGCACCAGCAGCGUGUUCAACUUGGAUCAGGCGCUGUCCGAGUUCUACCUUGGAGGUGUGCCAGACACUGCAGAUAUUCCGCUGAGCCAACGGGACACUAUGCCAUUCAUUGGCUUCUUGGAAGAGCUGCAAUUUGGCAGUCUGCCUGUGGGCCUGUGGAACUUCCACAGCCACCAAGGGAAGCUGGAGGGAUGCCAGGAACGGGACAGCCUCAUCGACAUUCCCAGUGGCAGGGGCCUACGCUUUGAUGGCUCAGGCUAUGCCAUAGUGUCCAAGGAACGGCGUGAUUUCAACGAUGGCAUCAGCAUCAGCAUGAAGUUCCGCACGUAUGCCAAGGAGGGACUGCUUUUCCUCAUACACAACGGGGGAACAUUUAUGGCCCUGGAGUUGCGUGAUGGCCACGUUGUGUAUAAGUUCAACCUUGGCAGUGGCAUGACACAGUUGAAAUCCAAUGCAGCCUAUAACGAUGGCCAGUGGCACCAGCUCAGAGCUGCCCAGUUGCGUAAUGAUGCUGAUCUUACGGUGGGAGGCAACGAUUCUGUUCCUGCUAGUUAUCGAGGUCCAGAGACUGGCAUUGACGCCACCGAUGACAUAUUUGUUGGGGGCCAUCCGUCUUUUCAUGGUCACACGGAGGUCACCCGCAUGAACUUCGAGGGAUGCAUAGAAGAGUUGGAGCUGGACACACGACUCGUCGACUUGCACAAAACCAAGGAGGCCCUGGCUGUGACCACAGGUUGCCCUCCAAAUGUGGCACGAGUGGUGUCAUUCUCCGCAGAGUCUCCUGGCUUUGUUGCCAUGCCAUUCAUGGACCUGACGGAGAACGCUCAGUUGACACUGAAGUUCCGUACUAAGCGCCCCAAUGGUCUCAUCUUCUACACAAGUAACGAGGACCACUCUAAAUUCCUGGCACUCGGAUUGCGCGGGGGAAGGCUGUUUCUACAGGCGAGACCAGGUGGCCAUGUAGAAACCGAGGGAACUUACGAUGAUGGCCGCUGGCACUAUGUCACUGCCAGCAGCUACUCCAAUCGGUUGAGGCUGGACAUUGACGAUGCUGUUGUGGUGCAAGAGAAUGCGGUGGAGCCCGUCUUGAUACACACCACCAGCCCACUUUACUUUGGAGGUCUCCCACCUGGAGUUCAGGCCAAUCCCGAGCUUCAGCUUGAUGGACGUACCUUCUUUGUCGGAUGUCUGGGCGAUUCCACCGUGCGAGGCGUGCUUCAAAACUUUGCCGCUACGGCAGAUCGCUUCAAUGCUGCCCUCACCAGCUGCCCUCUGCCUGGGCCCGACGAUGAUGAUGUAUCUGUCGAGGAAACAGCAACUGUGACUGAAGGUUCAUUCCCCGAGCGGUCCAUUCCAGGCUGUGUGCUGCCACUGGAGCCAGCUCGUGCUGAUGUGAAACCUGAGAGUGGCCUCCGGUUUGGCAACAGUCCCGAGAGCCGACUCGAGUUCCGACUUCCGACAGACCUAGCUAAUAGUCUGAUGGAGCAUUCGACUAUCUCACUUGAGUUCCGCACCCGCCAUGAGGAUGGUAUCCUGUUCUAUGUCACCAACAGCAACAAAGUCGACUUCAUAGCCAUCUUCAUGAAGCAAGGAAGAGUGAACGUCAUGUUCAACUGUGGCACGGGCCCAGGCCUGCUGACAACAACAGACGUGUACAAUCUGGGAGAGUGGCAUUCACUCGAGUUCAGCCGCCGGGGCCAGAUGGGCGUGCUGUACAUGGACAAUGCGACGGCAGCACAGGGCAGCUCGCAGGGCACCACCAGCUCAAUCAAUGUCAAGAGCCCCAUCUAUCUGGGUGGGCUCCCACGCAACGUCUCUUCCCAAGUGAAAAACAACCUUCGCGGAGUGACCGGCUCUUUCCCGGGAUGCAUCCGCAAGCUGGAAGUAGAAGACCGGCAGAUGCUGCGACCUCGAGUCAGCGUUGGUGUUACGGGCUGCUCGCAGAAAGUAGAAACAGGCACCUUCUUCGGUGCCAAUCACAGUCAUCUCAUUCUGUAUGACAGCUACAAUGUGGGCAAGGAGAUGACUGUGGAGCUGGACAUCAAGCCCCGAAGAACUUCAGGAAUCUUGUUUGCAGUUCACAGCAACAACCAGAAGGAUUUCGUGCUGCUACAGAUGAUCGAUGGCAACAUCGUAUUUAGUGCUGACAAUGGUGCAGGAAUUAUCAAGGUCUCUGUCAGUGCAGGAAACCUUUGUGAUGGAGAGUGGCACACUGUCAAAGCCGUGAAGAACAAGAAUAUUGUGUCCCUCGCUGUCGGCACCACCAGUAACUUGGCUAUUGGACGAGGAGGAGUCACGGCCACUGACACAAUGAACCCACUCUAUAUUGGUGGUGUGCCGGAUCCGAGCAAGACGCGAGCCGUGGCAACGCAGGAGCAGUACGUUGGCUGCAUUCGUUACCUGCAGAUCAAUGGCAAACUCCAGAGUAUGGCUGAGAGUACUGUUUACGGAAACGUCCAGUUGAACUCGUGCCCCACCAUCUAAGAAGAUGCGUCCUGCAUGUGCUAUUCCUUUGCAGUAGCGCUCAGUUUUGUGUCAGUCUUUUUUUUUUUACAUUGAUGUGGAGAGUGUCUAGAUUGGUUUUAUAAAUUUUGUUUUCUUACCAGGUACAAAAGUAAUGGUAAACUUAGAAGUCACUCUUCAGUUGAAUCACAGUAGAAUUGGCUAUUUUUUGUUUUUAUUCGGAAAGUAAUAAAUAAAGAUUGGCUUAUUUGUGUCA